CUCUUCGUACAUUACACUGCAUGAGUAUGAGUAAUAGCACGCACAGAAAACUUAAAACAUAGCUUUGACACGUGAACUUUCACAAAUUUACACCACGAGUUUAGUAUUACUAUUAGAGUAUUUAAAAUAAACGGGUUCUGAAAAUAAUGGUUUUGUUAGAAAAUGAAACGUUUCUUACCGAGUUGACUCGAUUGUUCCAAAAAGCACGACAUUCUGGAUCCGUGUACAUAACAAUGAAAAGAUAUGAUGGUCGAACCAAACCUCAUCCUCGGUCAUCUAAAGCUUUAGCUAAUCCACCACCACAAACGUCAGAGUACAAAUGUCUGGUUCGGGCACAUCUUGGAAAUAAGAAAAUCACCACUGUGGUAAAUUUUGAA